AUGAAUAGAAAGAUAAUUGGAUUGGUGACAGCUGUUGUCUUAGUAAUUGUACUUGCUCUUGCCAUAUCUAUUCCUCUUACACUGAGAAAGGAGAAUCAGGUGACAAACAAUCCCAGUCCUCUUUCAUCAUGUCCUUUUGGCUACUCAGGUCAAUUUUGCGACGAACCAGUUUGUACAUCUAUGUGCCACCACGGAGACUGUGUGCGCCCAGACACGUGCAACUGCGAUCCUGGUUGGACAGGCAGCGCAUGCGACCAGGCAAUCUGUGAAAUGUCCUGCAGUCCGCAUGGUAACUGCACAUCCCCAAAUACAUGUACAUGUGAGAAUGGUUGGCAAGGAAUGACAUGUGAGAUGCCCUUCGCUCCCGGAUUUAAUCCCACCAUGAGAUAUAUCUACAAUAUAUCAAUAUCCAAUACAAUGGAAAGUGACAUUAUGAUGAAUACUGAUUCCUACACUAAUGGUGCUGAUGUUCGACAAUUUUUUUCCAAUGUGAACGUAACAUUUUCCGUUUCUACUAUCAAAAAACAGAGUAAUCACUCUAUUGGAAUACUAAAGAUUUUGAAUGCAACUUGCCAUUCAGAUUUUGGAAACCAAACAACAGAUUUUAAAAAUGCUACAUGCGACCAGGAAUCUGCAAAGAAUUUAUUGGGCACUAAAAUUAUGUUUUCUCAGGAUACAAUGACUGGAAAAAUCAUGAAUGUUUACUACAAUUCUUCCACCGAAGCCCAGGCAAACUUUAUAGCACGUUUACUUCGCUUCAUAGACUGUAAAACAGCGCCAUCAAACGUGGAUAAGAUGGAAGAGACAUCAACUAUUGAUGGAAAGGAAAUAUAUUUGAUUCGCCAUCGAUUAAAAUCUGAAACUGGCAUGCAGUGCUUUAAUUUUAAAAGAGAAGUAAAAAAUGAAGAGAACAUGAUUACCGACCGAGAGGAGAAGGAAGUAUGUAUGGGAGAGACUGGGGCCCCUCAAAUUAUCACCAUGUCAGAGUUUUUUGAAAUAGGUAAAAAUAUGAAUGUGAUCGACUCUUUAAACGAUGAUGAGACGAAUCUGUCGCCUUUGCCAUCUUUCAAAGGGCGUGUAUUUGCAGUCGGAUCUCUCGUCUCCAUGAAGAGAAUGGCUGAAGAUGAUAUAGAAGAUGAACUAGAAAAUGUACAUGUAGCUUUAGCAUUUAAUAACAUCAAGUCUUCUCCAAUCGACGAGUUCGCUUUCAGGAGGAUUUUCACCGAGGAAGAAUACAAACACAGUAAUGCACAUCAGGAUAUCGGUAACCUCCUACGUCACCCAUUCCCAAAUCUUCGACUGUCACUUGGUCUUGAUUUGGUAAGAAAAAGCAAAUCUGCCAUUUCCAUCAUUGGAAAGAUGAUUUUCUCACAAAGUAUUGCAGACAUAGAGUCGAGAUCACUUCUCUUGGCGCUUCUUGGACCAUCGCAAACUUUGUCGGGACAGAAAAUCCUGAUGCAAAUUUUAGAUGCCGAGGAGAAGGUGAAGGGUGACCAUUAUCUUGCCUUAGGUUCUGUGGCUCAAUUGUUAAAGCCCUCUGAAGAUAUGGUUUCAAUACUGAGUAAGCUUCUGAGUAAUACUCUGGACGAAGAUGUUAAAACUCGGGCUGCUUUAGUUCUCGGAGUACUAGGAAGCAGAGGACUGGACCAUAAAGUUGUUCCUAUCCUAACUGAAACACUGUUCAAGAACAAUGUACCUCACGACGAUAUAUGUUUAUUUAUAUCAGCUUUAGGGAAUACUCACUCAGAAAAAGCGACACAGUCUUUGUCAAAGAUUUUAGAGAGCAAGGAAACAUUUUAUAAAAUCCUAUGUAUUAGAGCUCUGAAAAAUAUCCCAGGGAAAAAAAGUUACAAGCUUGUUUUAGAUGAACUUUUAAAAACGAGAAAUAAGACAGUAGCUCUUCAAUGUUUAAAGACGCUAAAAUAUACAGGAAAGUGGAUCAAUCAGAAUGACGCAAAUUCCAUUCUACAGAUAGCUUACGACACAAAAGAUGUAGGAAUACUCUUUGCCAUAAAACAGUUGUUUCUUGAGUUACAAGGUAUUUGUACAGAGAAACAAAAGCAUGAUUUUCACGCCAAAUCGAUGAAAAUAAACGGAAUUAUUGCAAAACUUCAGAACCUUGAAGUAAAAGAUUUUGAGGUAAAACGAGAGUCUCAGAAUUUUGGCGUUUACUUUAAUAUGUCGGUAGAUUCUCAAAUACGUGGCUCUGAAUUUGAUUUCAAUGCCAAUUCAAACCUUGACCUAAAGGUGUUUGGUAAACGUAUAAAUGUUUUGGAAGCAGGAUCCGCUAACUCGCUGGUUGACUCAGGUAUGUUUAUGUCUUCGGUUUUUAUGACCUUGAAAUUGUUUGGACGAGAGUAUGACUUAUUCAUGCAAUCUUGGCGAUUUGAGCUAAAUUUAGGUAUCACAGACGGAAAUCCAUGCAAGGCAAAUAACGGUGUUAUCAGACAUACCCUAUCUGAACAUUUUCAGUUCGGAGACUUUACUUUUACGUAUGGUGUAUUUGGAAUAGCCUCGGUCAAUUUAAAAGUGGGACUCAGUGGACCUGUUUCUUUUGGAUAUGGAUUCAAUAUUAUAGGAAAUGAUGGUGACAUGGUACCACAACAAGUGAAUGUUGUUGCAAAGCCUGAGGCAAACUUGACCACGACUGUGGCUGCCUCUGUCGGUGCCGCUUUAGUACGAGUUGGGGUAAGAGGAGACAUUGCUGUUCUGACAGGAAGUGUUCAAACUAACGUUGCUCUAAAUUUACAACAACGAAGCUUCUGUCAUUUUGUAGGUGUCAAUGCGCACGUAUUACAAGGUACUUUGUACAUUUUCGGCCAAACUGGUUUCUCUUUUUUUAAAAGAAGUUUUGAAAGGAAACUUUUUGAUUGGGCUGGGGUAAAUAUAUCAAGAACUGUAACGGAAUCAUUCUGUUGCUCAAAUGCUUUUCAGUCUACUAGUGAAACACCAAUUCAGAGACUGUACCCUUUUCUUACAAAUGUUAGUGGAGUAUCAUACAAAAAGAACAUGUCUGAAACUCUAUCAGUACUCACUUCAAUAAACACAUGUUUAGAUUCAGUAAAAAGAAACGGUUGCCCAACAGGCCUGAUACAAGCUUUAAGGAAUAAAGGACUUCAUAUUUUUGAUCGUUCAUUGAAGGAAAGUUACGUUUUGACCACGAGGCAUGUAAUACCAAUGUUUAUUACUUAUAGUGGUGAUUAUUACGGUUUAGAUAAAACAGGUAAUUUGGUUCAGGUAAAUGAGUAUGGGAAUGUGAAAAAGGUUAAGGUAUCGCUUAUAAAUCUGUUAGCUAGUUUGGGUUACGGUCGAGAAAUAAAACAGAUUUAUGGAAGUAUGAUAAAGAAACAAGGUUUACUCCAACAGCAGCCAAAAUUGUCUCUAAUUAAAUCCACUUCUAACGUACUGGAUCUCAGACCAUAUUGCCCUAAAAUGAUGGCGAUUUGUGAGAACAUAAAAAUGGGGAAAAUGUAUCAUGGUGACACAUUGACAUUUACGGAAAACAAAGAAAUAAAAUCAUUCAACGACAAGGAAGCAUGCUCUGCGUACAUAAAGUCUAACGGGAUUAGAUAUCCGUAUUACUGUGAAGCUUACCCAUUCUCGUUCACAUUACAGGGAGGGGGUGGGGCGAAGGUCAUGUCCGUCAACGUUAUGGAACGAGAUGUCAAAAUGGAGGCAUUCCAUGCUUUUAUUAGAAGUUCGGGUUUGAAAGGGGGCGAUUCUUUUGUUGUUAUUGUUUAACAUU